AUCUCCGCAGACCACAACCACCUUCCAAACCUCACCAUGGCCCGUUCUCUGGCUGUCGCCGUGCUGCUGGUGCUGUCCCUGGCGUGCUCGGGCGCGCUCGCGGGUCUGCUGCCCUACGCGGUGGCGCCUUACGGCAGCUCGUACACGGCGCACGCCAUCAACCACGAGGUGGCCGCCCCCGUGGCGGUGCCUGCCGCCGCCCCCCUGGUCGCCGCCCCCGCCGCCCCCCUGGUCGCGGCCGCCCACGCGCCGCUGCUCGCCGCCCCCGCGCACUACACCUACCUGGCACGCCGCUAAGCGCUAGACUGCUGUCGCGCUGGCCGGUCGGGUAGAUGCGGCGGCGGCGGCCACGCCACCGCCCUGACAGCAGAACCGCCUCUGGACUGAAGCCGAGACUGCGACCGACCUCGGCGGCGCCUCUGCCGUGGCGACUACCACCGCCGCAGAGGCCUCUCCAGAGGGCAGCCACCGACCCUGCGAGACCAGCCGCAGCCUUCCCGAGGGACCAGCGCCCAGCACGGCGUUCAGUGGGAGUCGACCUUGUCCUGAUCCUCUGCAACACCCAUCUUUCAUACUUUUGUACAACCAAAAAUGUUUGCCCAAAUUAAUUGCGUAACUGUUGUAAAUAAAAACUUUCAUGCAUAA